CGCUUCCGGUCCCCAGCUCCCGAGCGAAUGACUGCUCCCUCGGUGGGGCGGGAGCUGGGCUUACUGCGACCCCAGGGAGCCCACGAUCGCGCCGCCCCAGCCAGCGAGUCGGCUAGCACCAGCGUCCCGCCGGCGCCUGGGACCAUGGCCACCGACUCGUGGGCCCUGGCGGUGGACGAACAGGAGGCGGCGGCUGAGUCGUUGAGCAACUUGCAUCUUAAGGAAGAGAAAAUCAAACCAGAUGCCAAUGGUGCUGUUGUCAAGACCAAUGCUAAUACAGAGAAGGCAGAUGAAGAAGAGAAAGAGGACAGAGCUGCCCAGUCCUUACUUAACAAGCUGAUCAGAAGCAACCUUGUGGAUAACACAAACCAGGUGGAAGUCCUGCAGCGGGAUCCAAACUCCCCACUCUACUCCGUGAAGUCCUUUGAGGAGCUUCGGCUGAAACCACAGCUUCUCCAGGGAGUCUAUGCCAUGGGCUUCAACCGUCCAUCCAAGAUACAAGAGAACGCACUGCCUUUGAUGCUUGCUGAGCCUCCACAGAACUUAAUUGCCCAGUCUCAGUCUGGCACUGGUAAAACAGCUGCCUUUGUGUUGGCCAUGCUCAGCCAAGUAGAACCUGCAAACAGAUAUCCCCAGUGUCUGUGCCUCUCCCCAACUUAUGAGCUCGCACUUCAAACGGGAAAAGUGAUUGAGCAGAUGGGCAAAUUUUACCCUGAACUGAAGCUAGCUUAUGCUGUCCGAGGCAAUAAACUGGAAAGAGGUCAGAAGAUCAGUGAGCACAUUGUCAUUGGCACCCCUGGGACUGUUCUGGACUGGUGCUCCAAGCUCAAGUUCAUUGACCCCAAGAAGAUCAAGGUGUUUGUUCUGGAUGAGGCUGACGUGAUGAUAGCUACUCAGGGCCACCAAGAUCAGAGCAUCCGCAUCCAGAGGAUGCUGCCCAAGGACUGCCAGAUGCUGCUUUUCUCUGCCACCUUCGAAGACUCUGUAUGGAAAUUUGCCCAGAAAGUGGUCCCAGAUCCAAACAUUAUCAAACUCAAGCGUGAAGAGGAGACACUGGACACCAUCAAGCAGUAUUACGUCCUGUGCAAUAACAGAGAUGAGAAGUUCCAGGCCCUGUGUAACCUCUAUGGGGCCAUCACCAUCGCUCAGGCCAUGAUCUUCUGCCAUACCCGCAAAACAGCUAGCUGGCUGGCAGCAGAGCUCUCAAAAGAAGGCCACCAGGUGGCCCUGCUGAGUGGCGAAAUGAUGGUGGAGCAGAGGGCUGCGGUGAUUGAGCGCUUCCGAGAGGGCAAGGAGAAGGUGCUGGUGACCACCAACGUGUGUGCCCGAGGUAUUGAUGUCGAGCAGGUUUCUGUCGUCAUCAACUUUGACCUUCCCGUGGACAAGGACGGGAACCCGGACAACGAGACCUACCUGCACAGGAUCGGGCGCACGGGCCGCUUUGGCAAGAGGGGCCUGGCAGUGAACAUGGUUGACAGCAAGCACAGCAUGAACAUCCUCAACAGAAUCCAGGAGCAUUUUAAUAAGAAAAUAGAAAGAUUGGACACGGAUGAUUUGGACGAGAUUGAGAAGAUAGCCAACUGAGAAGCUCCACCAGUCACCAGUGCCCACGCCUGGCACUCACUCCACCUGCACGGAAGACUAGUGCUUUCAUGGCACAGGCCUCAACAGUUACCACAAAGAGGAGGCAGAGGAGAGAGAAACUACCUACCUCAUUUUAAAUUACGUUUGGACUAGACAAAAAUUGUGCAAAUGAUGGGGGGAGGUAGAAAAAAAUUGUUUAUACAACUUUUGAAGAUUAGGCAUGAAUACACAGAAAUUUACCUUUUGGAAA